GGCUUAACGCCGAUUCCACUUUUGUUGCUCAUGUUAAUGUGGUUCACGACACACACGUCUCCUCCUCUCCUCUCCUCUCCUCUCUCCGCUCCCGGUUCAGUCCCAGCUCCCUCUCCACUGAACAAGCGAAAACAUUUUCGGGAAGAUUAAAGUUUUUUGUCGCGGACCUGAGCUGUUCCGAGGAUCGGUUUUAUUAUGUGGAGAAAUAAACAUAGUUUAUUAGGAGAAUCGGUGGCUUGUUUCAUCUUUCUGGUGGCGCUUUGCGAUGCUCAUCGAUUCCUAACUCAGAACAGGGCCUCCCAGUUUCUGUCUCGGCACCGCAGGGCCAACUCCAUGUUUGAGGAGAGUAAGAAAGGUAACCUGGAGAGAGAAUGUAUCGAGGAGCUGUGCAACAAGGAGGAGGCAAGGGAGAUCUUUGAGAACUACCCGGAGACGGAACACUUCUAUCCUCAAUAUGUCUUUUGUCUGGGUUCACAUCGUGUGGGCAUCAACAACCAGAACUCUGGAGACUCCAACGUCCCUUCAAACCUCAGAACCUGUGUCAAAGGUUGGUGGGGUUCAGAGGUCAGGGCUACGGGUUGGUUUAGAGACGGUUGGUGGGGUUCAGAGUCCUGUAUACUGGGUCCUGGCUGUAAUACUGGGUCCUGGCUUAAUACUGGGUCCUGUGUUAAUACUGGGUUCCGCUGCAUCGAUGGCCAGGCCUCUUUCACCUGUCAGUGUCGACCAGGCUGGAAGGGCCCGCGCUGUGAGGAUGACAUCGACGAGUGUUCAGACCCAGAUCACCAAGCCGGCUGCAACCAGAAGUGUUACAACUCCCCCGGGAGCUUCCGCUGUAUGUGUGACGAUGGGUACCGGUUCAGAACCAGUGACAAGAUCCACUGUACAGAUAUCAAUGAGUGUCUGCUGUACCCCAAUAUCUCUGAGGAACCAGCUAAAUGUGUUCCCUCCACAGAUAUCAAUGAGUGUCUGCUGUACCCCAGUAUCUCUGAGGAACCAGCUAAAUGUGUUCCCUCCACAGAUAUCAAUGAGUGUCUGCUGUACCCCAGUAUCUGUGAAGAACCGGCUAAAUGUGUUCCAACCCCAGAUAUCAAUGAGUGUCUGCUGUACCCCAGUAUCUGUGAAGAACCGGCUAAAUGUGUUCCCUCCACAGAUAUCAAUGAGUGUCUGCUGUACCCCAGUAUCUCUGAGGAACCGGCUAAAGUUCCCUCCACAGAUAUCAAUGAGUGUCUGCUGUACCCCACUAUCUCUGAGGAACCAGCUAAAUGUGUUCCCUCCACAGAUAUCAAUGAGUGUCUGCUGUACCCCAGUAUCUGUGAGGAACCAGCUAAAUGUGUUCCCUCCACAGAUAUCAAUGAGUGUCUGCUGUACCCCAAUAUCUCUGAGGAACCGGCUAAAUGUGUUCCCUCCACAGAUAUCAAUGAGUUAACUGCUGUACCCCAAUAUCUCUGA